AUGGCGGCAAAUAUGAUGUGGUCUACAGUAGAAACAAAUAUGGCCGUCUUUUCAGCUUGUCUUCCCAUGCUUCGACCCAUUUUCCGCCACUUACUCCCUGGACUCUCUACGACAGAAGAAUCAGUUAGAGCGCCCAUAAGUCUCUCAAACGUCGGACCACAUCCCAUAGUAGGGACUCAUUCUCAAUUAAAGAAACACGAGUUUCGAAGGUCAGGUCGCUCUGGUUUAUAUGACCCAGAGCUGGGUGCCUUUCAUGGAUUUUGGGACAUAUCAAGUAUCAGAAGCGUGGGCUCGAGGUCAGAAAGCGGCACCUAG